UACGAAUACUCGGUGAUUAUAUCGUCAGUGCGUUUAGUGUGCUCCAGGAAAAUAUUUGUGUAUAAGUGGCAGUCACAGGCAUUUUUUACAUUACGCAAAAUGACGCCGACCCCCCAGGAACACGCGACGCAGGAGGAGAUCUCCACGGCCCCGGUGUUCGAUGGCGAGAGGAUCGUCAUCUCCGGCAUGUCGGGGCUCUACCCGGACUCCCACAGUGUCAGCGACUUGUCCGACAUCUUGUACAAUAAGGUCAAUCCUAUCACGGAAAAAGGGUUGCGGUUCAAGUUCAGUCACCCUGAAGUGAUCCAGCAAGCAGGAUCCGUGCCUGGGAUCAAUUACUUCGAUGCCCAGUUCUUCAAGGUGCACUACCGACUUGCUGAGUGCAUGGACCCCAUGUCUCGCAAAAUUUUAGAGCAGGCCUAUCAGGCUAUCUACGAUGCAGGAAUAAACCCGGAAGAUUUGUCCAAUAAGAAAAUUGGUGUGUACAUCGGCACGUGUUCCUCCGAAACUGAGAAAAUUGGCUUCUACAAUUCUACUUCCCGUUACGGAUUUAGUAUUUCAGGUUGCAGUAAAACUAUGUUCGCCAAUCGUAUUUCGUACUGGCUGAACGCGAAGGGCCCGUCGAUGUCGAUUGACGAGGCGUGCUGCAGCUCUACUGCAGCGCUAGAGCAAGCGUACCUCGCUAUGAACCGUGGUGACUGCGAGGCUGCUAUCGUUGGGGGAACCUUCUUGUGUCUGCACCCGCAGUCGUCUGUUCAUUAUGGAAGAAUCAUAAACCUGUGCCAGGAUGGAAAGACCAAGUCUUUCGAUGAGGAUGCCAACGGUUGCGCCAUAUCUGAAGCUAUCAACGUGCUGUUCCUGCAGAAAGCUAAAGAUGCGUUGAGAGUCUACGCUAAUGUAUUACACGUUAAGUCGGAGUUCACUUGCGUUCUGCCUGGAGAGAUUGGGCCUCGGUACGGUUUCUACAGAGACGUUGACAUGUCUGUCGACUUCAUGAAGAAGUUCUACGAGGAAGCGAGGGUCCCCGCAGAAGCUAUUGAGUAUGUCGAAGCUCUUGGAUGUGCCGUGAAGGAGGCCGACAAAGUGGAGCUGCAGGCUAUUGAGAAGGUGUUCUGCAACGAGCGGGAAGAUCCUCUCCUCAUCGGCAGUGUGAUGUCCAACAUUGGGUACAACGAAGCCGCUUCUGGUAUCACUGCCAUUACAAAGGUAUUGUUGGGCUACCACACCGGCAAAAUAGCGGCCAAUCUCCACUGCAGCAACCCUCGUCAGGACGUGGCAGCCCUACGCGAGGGUCGCAUGCGCGUCGUCACGGAGCACCAGGGUUUCCGGGGCACGUACGUCGCCGUCAACGGCAUGUCCAUCGCUGGAGUCAACUCGCACGUGCUCUUACAUGGACACUGCAAACCUAAAGACCCAAGCCGCUACAAGUCCAGCAUCGCUCACCUGGUGACAAUAUCAGCGCGACACGAACAGGCCGUGACCUACAUGUUGGACAAUUUGAAGGCCAACCCCAUCGACCCUGAACAGCUGAGGCUGCUGCAUAACAUUCACUCCAAUAACAUUUCUGGACACUUGGGAAGGGGAUUUGUCAUUCUAGAUACAAAUGAAGAACAGAAGACAGUAUGUCUCUCGGAGAAGAUUGAGUACUUCGACAACGCUCGUCGUCCGCUAUGGUUCGUGUACAGCGGUAUGGGCUCCCAAUGGGCUGGUAUGGGCACGCAACUCAUGCGCAUCCCUAUCUUCGCUGCAGCUAUUGAGAGAUGCCGCAAAGCUUUGGAACCGAAGGGCAUUGACAUAGUCGACAUUAUUACGUCAACUGAUGAGAAGACGUUCGACAACAUCCUGCACUCCUUCGUCGGUAUCGCCGCCAUACAAAUCGGUCUCACCGACAUCCUGCGUGAACUUGGACUUAAGCCUGAUGGAAUUAUCGGUCACAGUGUAGGAGAGCUGGGUUGUGCAUACGGUGACGGUUGCUUGACUGCAGAAGAGAUGAUCCUGUCAGCCUACAGUCGAGGUCUCGUGUCCCUGGAGACUCCGUUCAUCCGUGGAUCCAUGGCUGCCAUUGGUCUUGGAUAUGAACAGAUCUUGCCGAUGUGCCCACCAGAAAUCCAGGUCGCUUGUCACAAUGGACCUGAAUCCAGUACCAUUUCUGGACCUGCUGAGAUCAUGCGCGAGUUCGUGGGACAGUUGACUGCUCAGGGCAUCUUUGCUAAGGAAGUCCCAUGCUCCAACAUCGCGUACCACUCCCGGUACAUCGCUGAAGCUGGUCCCAAACUACUCGAGUACCUUUCUGAGGUGAUCAAGGACCCGAAACCCCGAAGCGAGCGUUGGAUCUCAUCUUCGGUGCCACAAGACAAGUGGGACGAACCGAGCGCCAAACUCUGCUCCGCCGAGUACCACACUAACAAUCUGCUGAGCCCUGUAUUGUUCGAAGAAACUUCAAGGCUGAUCCCCAAUGACGCCGUGCUGGUGGAGAUAGCUCCCCACGGUCUGCUGCAGGCCAUCCUCAAGCGCUCGCUGCACCCCAACUGCAAGAACAUCGCUCUGACCAGGAGGAAGCAUCCUGACAAUACGUUCCUGCUCCUUGAGGGUAUUGGCAAGUUGUUCAUGGAGGGUUACAAUCCCAAAGUCAACGUCUUGUACCCAGAAGUAGAACUGCCAGUGUCUUCUGGAACGCCCUUCUUGUCGCAUCUAGUGAAAUGGGCUCACACCGAGAGAUGGUCUGUACCACUUUUCUGUUCAGCCAAUAGAAAGGUAGGCGCCACCUGUGACUACGUGACCUCACUGCAGGAUGUCGAGCAUGCGUACUUACAGGGACAUACAUUGAGAGGACACACGGUGUAUCCGUUCUCGGCCACCCUGAUGCUGGUCUGGGACAUCUUCGCGAUGACAGUGGGAGUCCCGAGGAAACAGAUCUCCGUGGAGUUCCGCAACUUGCACCUGUACUCGCAGCCGAUAAUGCACGACCAGCGGCAGCUGCGGCUCAGCGUGUGCUUACACAGGGGAGCUGGCAAGUUCGAAAUCCUCAAUGAAGACAUUAAGCUUGCAGUAGGAACUAUUGCCGCUUUAAACAUCGAUGAAAUAAGGCGAAAUCGAGUGAUGAAGGAAGACACUACCCAGGUCAAUAUAGACCUGACUGCUGACGACGUGUAUCAACUGUUCAGAGAUAGAGAUUACUCGUACAGUGGAGACUUCCGCAGCAUAGAAGGUGUGAAUGCAUCCAUGACGGAAGCUGCGAUAAUAUGGAGAGACAACUGGGUGACCUUCAUCGAUGGCCUGCUGCAGCUCAACAUGCUGAGACAGAAGCACGAUGGAGUCUCCGUUCCGACACUUAUCGAGAACCUGACUAUAAAUCUAGAAAAACAUGAGGAAUUUGUUGAAAAUUCCUUCGUAUCUGACUUCAAAGUUUUGAUGAAAGCAGAAGUUGUGGACUAUUUGAAUGUAACCAGAUGCGGUGGUGUGACCAUCAGUAACAUUCAUUUAAAGAAUUUGCCUCCCAUGGUGAACAGAGACAUGACAUUGAAGGCUUUGAAGUUCGUCCCGAAUUCUGAAGCUGUACUUGAUAUUUCAACCUCAUUGGAAGUUAUUACACAAACAGUAGCAGAGAAUGUAAACAAAACCAAUUUGAACGUGAUUGGUAUAGUGAAUCAACCAGUGAGGGGAUUACUCUUCAAUGAAGUAAAUAAGGCCAUCAAGAACAUUUUUGGUGUCAAUGUAACCUACGAUGAAAUCACACGGGAGGCUGCACUAAAGAAUCAAAACCUGAAAGAUUUUGAUCUGGUGUUGGUCCAAAAUCUAUCUACAGACGACGAGCUCUGCCAGCUCCUCCACCGUGCUCUGCAAAAGGACCAAUUCUUAAUAAGCGAAGAGGACCUCACCUUCGGAGGUCGCACUCGCCCCUCCUCACUGUACCGCGUACUCUCCGUGCACAACAUCUUUGAGAACGGCGAGAAACAGUCCCUCCUCCAGUUGAUCCGUUGGGGACCAGCGACCGCAGAAGCUACUGCUACCGUGACCGUGCGCUCAGCUGCAGAUAUCUCACUCCUCGUCUCCACGCGGAACAAUCUGCCCGCGGGCCACCGGCUCCUGAUCAUUGCACCUUACCCGACGGUACCGGGGCUCAAAGAGCUGGUAGCUAAGUGGCGCAAUGAAGCCAGCCGCAACAAGAUCCACCUCAUCAUGGUCGCCAAAGACAGCUAUGAAAGAUUCUAUGUCGAUGAUGUUCCAGAUAUCGACCUGGCGUACAACGUCUUGGAUAAUGGUAAAUGGGGAGGAGAGUACUACGUAUCGUUGGAGGAGAAACCGACAGUGAGCAAGCGUGUGACGUUACAAUGCUCCGAGAUUGGUGAUUACAACUCUCUCACCUGGAUGGACGCUCCUGAACUCAAUGAGCCUGGAGUGGCUGUACAGGUGCAAUACGCUGGCAUUAAUUACGAUGAUAUUAAAAGAGUAAGCGGAUCAUUGUUGAACAAGGAGAACUUAAAGAAUGGUUUCGGCAUGGACUUCAGUGGAACCACCAAGAGCGGUGAGCGCGUGAUGGGCCUAGUCCCGUGCGGCGCGGCGAGCAGCGUGGUGCACGCGCGGCCGGAGCUGCUGUGGCCGGUGCCCGCGCACUGGACGCUCGAGGACGCCGCCACCGUGCCGCUGGCCUACGCACACGCACUCUACUGCUUGGGAAUAAAAGGCCGUAAUGUGAUAAUAUCAGACAACAUGAGUGUGCUGGUGCACGGUGGAGCUGGUGCCUUCGGGCAGGCCGUCAUAUCUAUAGCCUUGGCGUACGGAUACGAGGUGUUCACCACCGUCAGUGACAUGCGCAAGAAACAUUUCUUGCGUAAACUGUUCCCGGCACUAAAAGCGGAUCACAUUGGGAAUUCUCGCGACCACUCUUUUGCUGACAUGGUGAUGAAUGUUACCAAAGGACAAGGCUGUAACAUAGUCAUCAGCAACUCUCUAGACGUAGACCUGAAGAUGGAUGCAAUUAACAUCACCAAGAGUUUAGGUAUCUUCCUGGACACCUCCCAACUACACAAUCACGAUAUCUUCUCCUAUAGAAUGCACAGCUUGACCCUGAACCGCGUCUACAGCACUGUGGACGUCUCCUCUAUAUUCAACCCUGAGUAUAUUGAAGAUGCCAAGCUCCUGCAACGUAUGUUGAGUGAGGGUAUAGCCCGUGGCUACGUGCGUCCACUGUCCCGAGUCACGUACGCGCCACACGACGCGCCGAGUGCGUUCCGUCUGCUGGCGGGCAGCAAGCACCGCGGCCGGGUGCUGCUGAACAUUGGAGAGUACACACUGCAGGCUCAACCCAGGAUCACCUGCAGCGCUGACCGCACCCACCUGAUACUCUGCAACGACGACACCUUCGGCCUGCAAAUUGGAGACAAACUGGUCGAACGCGGGGCCAAGAAGAUUUGUGUGCAUUACCAGAAACCUUCCAGCUACCUACAAGUUAAAGUUCGGUCUUGGCAGCAGUUGGGCGCAGAAGUCGAAAUACUUACUGACGGUUUGGAGAAUGUUGCUGAUAUCAAUGUAUUGUUGAACAAAGCUAAGGCGUUGGGUCCAGUAGAGGGCGUGUACGUGACGGUUGGAGACAAGCAGCAGGUUGUCGACGAAACCUUCCUCAGCAUACUCGACCAGGCAUCCAGGACACUUUGCCCGGACAUUAAAUACUUCGCAGUGCUCAGUACUGGUGAGAAUUCAAUCGGGAAGGAAGUAUGUCUUCGUCGCGCUAAGGACAACUUGCCGGCUACCAUACUGUCCCUACCUGAACUGACCAAUAACAUUACUGAAGGAGCAUGGUGCCGAGGCGCGACGGAGGCUAUGGGGAGGGUUCUGUGUGGCUCGCACAAUGUCGUGCAAGUUACCACGGCGCCUGCGCAACAAGUCUCGCUGCUGCAGAAAAUCUCUGCGAUAGCUGGUAUAACCAUUGACGAAGAUGCCGACAAACAGAAGACAUUAGCUGAGUUAGGUGUCAUGAACGACACCGUAUCAAGAAUCCGCACGUUCUUCCAAAUUCAUUACAGCACCGUCUUUGAAGAGAGGGAAAUACUUGCUUUAACAGUUAACGCUAUAAAACAAUUUGAAAAAUCAAUUACGAAACAAAAAUUCAAAGAUGAGAAGGGCUUGGCGACAUUCUUCUCCUACGUGGACUCGGACGAACUUCUGGCAACCAAUGACUUCGUAUUCCUACCGACACUUGUAAACGAUGCGUCUAUGAGAGACGACGAAUUUGACUCGAACGAGUCGUACCUGUGCAUAAUUCCUGGCAUGGAGGGCCAUUACGAAAGGUUCCGCGCUCUCUGUGCGAGACUGAAGCUGCCGGCGCUCGUGUUGCACCCUGGAUUCUUCAACGAUACAGUACAACAAACCGCCGAAAAACUCGCUAAAGUGUUUUUGAAGAAAAUGGGAUUGAAGAAUACCUUCUACCUCCUUGGUUAUGAAAGUGGAAUAUUCAUUGCUUUAGAAAUGGCUGCCAUUUUAGAAAAGAAUGGUUUGACUGGAACCGUCUACUGCCUUGGAUUCGCACCUGAUGAGUUCGUUCUGAGACUGGAGGAUCAACUCGCAGAAUACAAGACUAAAGAACAACUGGAAGACGCAGUAGCCAAACACAUGUACUCCAUCAUGACGGGAGGCGACACCGCCGGAGUCGACGAAGUCUUGCAAGCAGCCAACACGUGGCCGCAGAAAGUGGACGCUUGCGUGCGCAACUUGCUGGGACGCGUGUCGCAUUCAGCGCAGUAUGCGCGCGCCUUGAUAGAGUCGGCUCUCAGGCGCAUCGAAGGCACUCGCCACUACGUGCCGCGCGUGCACGCGCUGCGCUCCCAGAUAGUGCUCAUGCGCGCUGCGUCCUCCCACGAGGCGCCCUCCCCCGCCGCCCUGCAGCGCCACUCGCAGCGCCCGGUCAUAGUACACCAACUGGACGCGCCUCUAGCACACGCGACCAAUGACCUCAACUGCGCCGUAAUCGUCAACGAAUACUUAAGUUCCGCAAUUCAUGAAGCUUUCGAGAAGAAGAACCUUUGCAACACGUACCUUAUUAACGCCGAUGUUUUCAUGAAUAUGGACUAAUUUUAUUGACAAAUCUUAUUUUUAUUUAUAUCAUACAAUAAACGACUUAUCCACAAAACUAAUAA